GCACAAUAUGGACUCAGAAUAUUGUGAGCCUGAUUCUUCAUGAAGGUCAUCGAGAUGAAACUGAAAAUAUUACCCUGAUUGACCGAGCACCCUGGCUGGAGUAUAAUUUCUUGCAUGUAGAUUUUAUCAGUCGCCCAUCGCCUCGUCUCUUUACUUCCCAUCUGCCCUACUAUUUGGUACCCAAAGGAUUACGAAGUAGAAGAGCAAAAAUUAUUUAUGUGCUUAGAAAUCCAAAGGACGUCAUGGUUUCUAACUAUCAUUUUCACAAAUUGUCAGUCAACGUAGAAACCCCAAAAGACUUCAGUACUUUCUUUGAGAAGUCUUUGGCUGGAAAAGUGCCUAGUAGUUCGUGGCUAGACCAUGUAGAAGGCUGGUAUGCUCAUAAGAGUGAUUUCAAUAUUCUCUUCCUUUCUUAUGAAGAAAUGAAAAAGGGAGUAACAGAGGUGAUCACAGAACCACUCUUGGUUAUUUCUUUGAGCUCCUGUAGGAGUGGUGAGGUUUCUGAAGAAAA